UAGUUUUUUUUGCAGACGUUUUGACUAAGCUCUUUGCUUAGUACACCUUGGCUCUUGCGGCUCCUCCUGGCCAGCCUUAUCCUUACUCCAUGGCUCCGCGUUUUACCGUUGAUAAGUAAUGAGGGAAGUCGACGCGAAUUAGAUACAUGGUUCGUGUCUGUCCGCGCUAUAGGUUCUAGGGACAGCUGAAGCAUUCAGAGAGCGUACUACUCCUAGUAGGUGAAGCACAACAGCCUGUGAGUGUCCGGUACUUUGGAGUACAGAGGACCUUACAUAUCUGCCCAUCUUGGAUCAACAAGACAACACGGCUGAAAGGACACACGAUUCCCAGCGGCAGCGUUGCCACCAUGUUAUACCGUCGACCUGCAGGCUGCAUCCCGUUUCUGAAAUCUCCUGAGAAUCCCUGGAAGAAGACCGUACUGCCGUGAGGCUGCCUGUACAGAAUCGUCAAAUUUCUCGUUAUUCUUUCAAAGAGACUUCGCGCUAUUCUUUUUGGUUGCUAGGAAGCCCAGUUUGACAUCCCGUAGGCACUACUGGCUUCACGCCUUUUUGAAGGGACUAGCCUCACAUUCUGCUUUUGAGUCGACUCAAAAACUAGGCUCACAUUCUUGGGAGCUUCACCGCUAUUUUGUCUCGUUGGCCCACUCGCCGCGUGGCUCGGUCCAUCCUGAGUCGCCUACUGGAUCGGUUCUUAGAGACCAGUCGGAGUCUGAGAAUCCUCUGUAAUCAAAAUCUGCUCGGAGCUCUCAGUAACCGCCAUGCUGCCUCGUUGGGCCACUCGCCGCUUGGCGCGCUUCAUCCUGGGCCGUCUAGUGGGUCGGUUCCUGGAGACCAAUCUGAGCCACGAGCAGAUCGAGGUUCAUCUGGGGUCGGCGUCUAUCCACCUCUCGGAUCUCCGCCUCAACACAGAAUAUCUCAACUCCCUGAUUGAAAACAAUGGGAAGGAAACCUCAGGAACAACAGCAGCAUCAGCACCAAGAGUCGUCUCUGGAAUUUCCCAGAAUAAGCCCAAGCAGGCGCUCCCAACCAUCCGCUUCGUUUCAGGGCGCGUGGGCAAGCUAUCUGCGUCCCUCCCUAUAGUCACACUCACCUCAUUAGACCAGCCGUGUACAGUGCACCUGGAUGGGAUCACCCUGGUAGCGGUGGUGUCGCCUCCUGGCCAAUCAGGAGGGAGAAGAGGCAGGGAGGGGGGGAGUUUGGGAGAGGGAGUGGGGGGCAAAAGCCGUACGUUGAAUGGAAAAGGAUUAGAUAAGAAAGGUGAGUGUGAGGAGGAUGAGGAGGAAGAGGAGGAGAAGGAAGAGGAGGGGUAUGAGGAGGGGGGGGAGGAGGAGGAAGAGCAGGAUAGUGAUGAGGGUUUGGAGGGAUUUGUUGGUGGGGGGUGGGCUAGUUUUCGGGGAUUUCAAGGGGGUCUACAGCUGGUAGCAGGGCUGGUGGAAAAGGUGUUACAGCGGUUACAGGUGUCCGUAACACAUGUACAGGUGCACAUUGUGCUUGACGACAGGACUUCCAGGCUAAAUCUAGCAAGUGCAGGGGCUUGUAAUGGAGGUGACUGUAACGGGGAUAGGUUUGGUGCAGACGCCUGGAGGGAUUCUAAGGGAGUUGUUUUUCGUUUGGAAGAGUUGGCCUAUGGGGAGGAGAAGGAGGAGGAGGAGGAGGAGGAGGAGUACGGAGGAGAGGGGGAGUAUGGGGAGAUGAAUGGUGAUGUUUAUAAUGAAGCAGCGUCUAGCAUGUAUGCAAGUGUACUGGGCGGGCAGCAGUCUUUUUUUCUGGAUGCUACUGAAGAAGGCAGUAACGAGGAUGCAGGCUCCUCCAUGUUCCAGUCUGCUAUGGGGUCUGCUAGUAACGAGGAUAGUUCACUCAUGUUUCAGUCAGCUUCCAGAGGAUUUAGGGAGUCGGAUUCAUUUCAAGACGCUCAUGGUGAGCUGGCACAAUCUCAGUACUCACGUGCAGACAUGUCACAGCGUGCAGCCACAGCUGGCUCAUCACCUGCCACGUGUCUGCACCUGAAGCUUCAGACGUGCAGCCAUCAGGCGGAGGUGGUUGUGAUUGGCGGAUCAGCAGGCGCAGCAGAAGGCAACAGGGAAAGUCAGGGAGAGAGGGAGACAGGGACCAUUGGAGAGGGGACGGGACGUGGGCGGGAGAAGAGUUGUUGUGUGGGGUGUGGCAGGAACAGCCCAGCGUGGGCCCAUAACCCUCUCAACUCUCCGUGCACAGAUGGUUUGAGAGGGACCGUUCCAGAGAGCGAGCGCGGAGCGCUGGGAGGAGUCAGUGGGCGGGUGAGAGUAAAGCUAGGGUUGCACGGGGGUAAGAAGAGCGGUCCAGUGGGGGUUCCAGUGGGGGGGGCAGUGCAGAGCAGAAAGGGGGUGGGGCAGAGCAGGGAGCCCUGUGACACGGUGCGGAGAAGGGAGGUCCAGGUGCGGAGCCCUGUGGUGGAUGUUGCAGUGGAGCUGUCGCCUGUUGUGAUUCAACUGGAUGUGACUCUAGUGAAGGGGGUGCUUGGGGCGCUGGAGAGGUUGAGAGGGGAGGAAGGAGUGGAGGAGGGAGGGGAGGAGGGGGUGGCAGGGGAACGCGAGGAUGUUGGGGGGUGCCGUGCAGACAGAGGAGAGAUUAGGAGGGUGAGGGACGAUGGGGAUGAGAGGGAAGAGGCAGCAGCAUCAGCAGCAGCAGCGGCGGCGGCGGCGGCGGUGGCAGCACGAACGACAGCAAUAUGGGCACCACCAGCAGCGUUACCAGCAGCGCCGUCAUUGGUAGAGAAUUUUGUAGAGGACUGGCUGGAGCAGAGAUUGGCGCAGAGAAGACAGGUGAAGGAGGAGAGGCGGAGAGGCAAGCAGGAGGAGGCAAGCAUGACAGCUGAUAUGGAGGCAAGCAUGAGUGAGUUCUUCGACUGCCUUGACACGGCUAUCUUCCUCUCCUCCUCCCUCUCCGCCUCACUCCAUCCGUCCACCACUCCCUCCGACCCUACACCCGCACCCACCGCCUCUCUCUCCCACAACACCACUCCUCCUCAUUCACCCCUCCCUCCUCACUCUCGUGCGGCUCAUUACGCCGCCCCCCCCGGUCUUUUUGAUUCGUUCUUCGCACCGUCGUCAUCUUCUGGUUGGGGUGGUGCUGGGGGAAUACCCUCCUCUUCCUUCUCCUCCUCCCCUUCCUCCCCCUCCUCCUCCUCCUCGCCCGCACCUCACUCGCUCUGGUCCUGGGCGCAUGCAGCAGUCUCAGCAGUCUCUGCCACGUCAGCACUGGCAGCUGGCAUGCCGCCCGCUGCGGCUGCAUCCUCUGCUGUCUCUGCCUCUCUGGCGCUUGCAGAGCCCUCCCGUCCAGUUCUAUCUCUUUCUCUCGGCAUCCCCAGCGUCGCCCUCUCUCUCGCGCGCUCACACCAAGAAAGCAGAGACUGUGAAACCGCCAGUGCCUGGUCUGCAUCCUGUGCUGGUGUGAAAGACGGAGCUCUGGUCCUUGCGUUGGACGGGGUCCAUGCUUCACAAGAGGUGUACGCUGAGGAAUCUCAGCACCACAAUGAGCUCUCCAUCAGCAGCAUCACCCUCUCCUUCCAUCCCUCGUGCCCCUCCUCCUUCUCCUCUUCGCCAGUAGCAGCACCGGCAGCAGCAGCAGCUGCUAUGCUCAGUGCUCCAGCUGCCACCGCUGCAACCACUGUGAAGCAUUGCUGCUCAGGCCGCAGUGGCUACAGGGAUAAUGCGGAAUGGGCAGAGGUGGGCGCAGGCGAGCAUCACCUGUACAGGAACCACACUGAAUGGGCGCAGGUGGCUAAGGUCCUACCUCUUCAUCCACCUCCCUCUCCCUCCCUUCCCUCCUCCAUUUCCUCCCCCAGCAUCCCCUCUUCCUGCACUUGGUAUGCUGCGCAUAGUGCGCACACUACGCACGAAAAGGGUAAGUUGUCAGCCCCUGCUGUCAGUCCCUGCGCACGCCUCUAUCUGUGUCCUCGCUGCAGCCCUGUUAGGCUCUUACAGGUGUCUUCUUCAACCAGUGAGCAUGCACCAGCAGCAACAGCAGCUGUAGCAGCAGAAGCCAAGGCAGGUGGGAGGAAGGGCGAGGCUGCAGCAGCAGCCAUAGCCAGCGGCAGCACCGGCAGUCGGACCAGCAGUAGAGGCAACAACCACAGCAGCAGCAGAAGCAGAAGCAGCAGCAGCAUGCUGCCAGCUGUUCGGGUGGUAUCCUCCCAAGGGCGCGAGAAUGCCCUACUUGGACAUGGAUAUGAGCAAGCACAGGCACGUGCAAGCAAGCACUCGUGCAUGCACGUAGAUGUGAGCGUGCAGCCAUGCGUGGUCUGGGUGGAGCCACACUCCCUCUCCUUCAUCUCCACCAUGGCGACAGAGCUAGCCCGUCCGUCUGUCAGUGAGUUAGGUGAGAAGGGGCCUGGUGGAGCCGAGGAGGGAAAGCAGCAUUCUAAGUACUGGCAGCAGCAGCAGCGGGAACAGCAGCAGUCAAGAGAAGCACUCUCUGUUCCAGGGGAUGCCAGUGCUCCUUCUCCAGACCAACUCGGCGGUGUCUCUGUCAGUGUGCAUGCCAGCUGCCUUCGCCUCGUAGUCAACGCUGCCGCCCUGCUACAGCCGUCCCAGCUACAGCCGGGGAUGCAGCAGCCGUCUCAGCUGCAGGCAGGGAUGCAGCAUGCAAGUGGGCCACAACUGGGGCCGCUGCUGCCAGCAGCGGUGCAGCAGUCAGUUGUGUUUGGCAGAGGCCACUCGCUUGUUGCUGACUUCCAUUGCUUCAAGCUAUCGUCCUCACCACCACCACUACCAGCAGCGUCAUCAUCAUCAUCAGCAGCAGCAGCAACAGCAACAGCAGCAGCAGCAGCAGCAGCAGAAGUAGAAGCAGCAGAAGCUGAACCAUAUGCUUCGAGUGCGUUCUCUCUGGUGACCUGUUCCCUGCAGCAUGUGUCAGUGCACUCUCUGCAUGUCAUUCCACUGCAAGAUUACUCAGGCAGUGGGAUUAGCAGCAGGAGUAAAGGCAGAGGCGGCUGGAGGGGGGAAAGGGAGUGUAUGGGAAGAGAUUGUUUAGAAAGACAGAGCGUGGUUCAGCUUCACUGUUUGCUUUCCGUAUCUGCCUCUGGCUCUGGCCCUGGCUCUGUCCCUGGCCCUGGCUCUGCCUCUCCCUCUGCCUUUGCGUCUGCUUCUUACCAGCAAUUUGGAAGGAGCACGAGUGGCAGUGCAGAGGACAGGGUAACUGGCCACAACAGGAGGGUCUCAGAGGCGUUGGGCCAGCUACUCCCAGAACCGCAACAGCAUCGCCACCACAACCACAAGCACGAGCAGCAGCAGCAGCAGCAGCAGCAGCAAUGCCGCCCCCAUAACCACCAUAAGCACCACCACCAGCAGCACCACCACCACCACCAUAAUCACGGGCAGCAGCAGCAGCAGCAGCAGCAGGAGCACGAUCCUGGUGCAGCAGUCACCCUGAUCGUCAACCAGAGAAGCAACAACCUUUAUGGGGCAGCCAGGCUCAAAGCAGCUCACAAGCUUUGGCAGCAUGUGGGAAGAAGACAAGCAGGACCGGGCGGCAAUGGGCGGGGUAUGACAGUGGGCGGCAACGGAGAGUUUGUGACUGCAGCUGCUGUGAGUGAUAGAGAGAGGGAGGAGGAAGAGGAGCACGAGAGAGCGGUAGUGGGAGAGGUGAGAGAGACUGCAGGUGCUGAUGUGGCGGUCAGGGUGGGUGAUGUGGCUGUGGCGAUAGACCCUGCUGACGUGGAGCUGAUCCACGACAUGCUGACGAGGAUUGGGAGCGCUUUGAAAGGGCGCUCAAGUGAAGUGGAGGACAGUGUUAAUAUGGCACUAGGAGGAGCCCCCUCUCGGAGCAUUCCAACAGAUCCAGGCAGUGAUCCUGGAUGUGAGAACGCGUUGGCCCAGUCAAAGAACGCUAGCUUUCUGGAUCCUGGGCAAGAGGCGACAAGGGGGGGGGAGUCAAGAGCGCAGGCACCCAUGUUCGUGGACUUGCAAGUAGGUCUCUUCCAAGCCGAGCUCCUGUUUCGGCCUCGAUCCGCAAGAGAUGCGAUGGCUGUGGCUGCGAAUGACAUGCUCCAGCAGCAGCUGCAAUGCAGAGAUGUACAUACUCUCCAUUCUUCCUCUUCAUUUUCUUCUUCUCCUCGCACUGCCACUCUUCCUGCUGCUCCUGCUGCUUCUCCUGGUGCCACCCCUCCCCUCUCCCCCUACUCCAAGCCUGCUUGGGGCCAAGGCUGGGACUCCCUCCGCCUGUGCCUCCAGCGAAUCACAGUCUGCCACGUCAGCAGCUUGGCUGGUAACCCUGGAGCAAUGUUCCUGAUGCUGCGGCACGGGGAAGCGACGGUUUGGGCGGCGCACCGCGAUUGGUGGGGGUAUGGGGAGGCGCAGCAGAGCAGUGGAGAAAUCAACCUCGUACAGGGUCCCUUGUCCCAUGCUCCUCCACAUUCCGUUGUGAAUGAUCUUCCCGAUAGCACGGACCGCGCUAGAAUCAGGCGACCGCAGGAGUGGCCGGUGCUGUCAACGUGGCAGGACGCCAUUGGGCGAGGCAGCGGGUCUCCCGGAGGGAACCCUCUAGAGAGGGGCGAGACGGGGGUGUGCCUACUGCUGGUGCAGUGGCCGGGAAGGUGCCAAGAAGCUUCAGGAGAGGCUGGGAUUCUGAUAGGGGUGGAGAAUGCAAGGGGAAUGGAGAGAGAGGGGGGAAAAGGGAGUGAGGGUUUGGGAGAGAGUGAGGGGUUGGUGUAUGCUAGUGUGAGGGGGCUGACAGCAGAGGCGCCAGGAGGCAGGUGGGACUUCCUGCUACCUCUCUCCUCCCUGCUCCCGCCACAAGGAACCACAGCUGCUGGUGGUCUUGGGGAGGGUUGUUACAGAGUGCGUUCUCAGGCACCUCAGAAUCCGAGCAACCAUACACAGCAGCAGCAGAAGCAGCACCGGCGCCACCAGCGGCACCGGCGGCAGCAGCAGCAUGCGUCCCAGCAGUCAACAGUGCGUACACAGACAGAAGGCCGGGAGCGGCCUCGCAGCUACCGUUCACUGUAUUCCCCGCGGGGCUCUCACCAGCAGGCAGCCGACAGGCCGGCAGCUGACAGCCAGACAGCUAGCAGCAGAACUUUCCGUGUACAUACACAGGAGGACGCACCUGAUGCAGCAGCAACAGCAGCACCUGAAGCAGCAGCAGCAGCAGCGGUGGUACAGAUUCGGCCAGCAGAGAUGCGAGUGGUGGUAGACCUGGUGGAUACUGGCUUUUGGAGCGAUGCUUGGGCCCUGCCAGAGAAGCAAGUAACUCCGCGUCCUGCUGCUGCUGCUGCGUGCUUGUUUGUUGGAAUCGCAGCCGUACACCUAGUUGCCGAAGCUAAUCCCACAGCAGCAGCAUCAGCACCAGCACCAGCAGCAGCACCAGCAGCAGCACCAGCAGCAGCAGCAGCAGCAGCAGCAGCAGCACUUCCCAUGGAGAAACCUGGGCCCACUCUCAAAUCGCCAUCACAAUCAGCGGAAUCACCACGAUCACCACAAUCACCUCAAUUGUCGCCCACCCCUCGUCGAGCAAACCCCCCUCGAGCAGCCUCCGCCGCUUGCCCUCCGCCUCAGCCUCUCGAUCACCCUCCGUCGCCCAACGCACCUGCAGCAGCCUUCGCCCCUUGCCCUCCACCGCGCACCCGUCCUCUCUUCCAGGCUGGCCUGUGCUUGAGAGAUCUGGGUGUGAGCGUGGUGCCUGUUGGCCGCUGCUGCCUGCCGUUCCCUGGGGUAGGAUCUGCUGGGAGCUCACCUCUGGAUGGUCGGAGUCUCAAACAGCACCACGUGCACAAGGCACUCUGGCAACAGGCCUAUCGCAGCAACCUCUUCGCUCAGGUCGCCACAGCCACAACUGUGCAAGUCGAGCUCGUUGCAACAAUUGCUGCUGCUGCUGCUGCUGCUACAGCCCCGGGUCUUGCUGCAGCUGCUACAGCUGUCGCAGGGAGGGGCUCUGCUUCUUCCUCAGCUCGAUCCACAGCACCGCCGGGCCUGGAGGUCAUCUGCUGCAACGCCCAAUCGCAGGUGGACACGUGUCAGGACAGCAUGCACGUGCUGGGGCGGCUGGGCCAGCAGUUGCAGCUGGUGUUCCCCCCUGAUGCCCCCACUGUCCCGCCGGGGGGGGUCACGAGUAGGGUGUAUGGGGAAAGUGGGGUGAAAGCAGGGGAGGGGGGGCAGAGGGCAGGGCAGGGUGGGCAGAGAGGGGAGCAGCUGCAGCUGGUUGUUCCCCCCCAUGCCCCUGCUGUCCCGCCCGGGGGGGUCGCAAGUAGGGUGUAUGACACACAGCCUUGUGGAAGCACGGCCAGUCCUGCUGCUAGCUUGGAAGAACCUGCUGCUCAGAGCAGUGGGGCUCAAGUGAAGGUUCCUGAACCCAAGGCUGGCUGCACUGCUACGCCUCUGGAGACCGGCUCUGGUACCCUUGCUGUGGGCAGAGGCAGCGGCAGCGGCAGCGGCAGUGGCAGCGGCAGGGGCAGGGGCAGUGGCAGUGGCAGUGGCAGGGACAUCGGCCGUGGUAGUGGCAGCCUCAGCAGCAGCAGCAGCUGCACAAGUACCAACGGGCAACAGCUUGGGACGGGCAAUAGAGGCAGCCGACAUGGUGAGGGGAACACUGCUCCUGCUGCUGCUGCUGCUGCUGCUCCUUCUGCUGCUUCUUCUACUGCUGCUUCUGCUACUGCUGCUUCUGCCGCUGGUGCUGCUUUGGAGGUGGGAGAUGCUCUUGGCAAUGUUGGGUGGACUGGUGGUGCUGAUUCGCGUGACAGCAAUGGGUGGGAUGGUGCUGGGUGGAGGCUUCUGGAAGAGGAAGCAGGGGGGUGGGUGGAAGUGAUAGUAGAGGGAGGAGAGGGUGAUUGUGACGAUGGCGGUGGAUGGACGGACGUGGAGGGGAUUCCGGGGAAUCACACAGAACAUGUUCGACAUAGUCACAUUCAGGUUUCAAGCUCUCAUAAUACCCACUCCUAUAGUCACAGUGACAGGCAUGCUAUUAGUCAAAGUAACGACAUCGGCCAAUCACAGUCGCACCCGCAACCUCGUUACGGUCACAACCAAGGGCACCGAGCAAGUCCCGAGAGCAGUACUACUGAGCCGGAAUUCAGCACCAAGGGCAGCACCCACCAAUCGCAUCACGCCAAGUGGUUCGAUGACACGUCAGUGCAUUUGGUUGCAGACCACGUCCCUCUCGUUCCUCUGGUUGCAUCCCCAUCGUAUUUUGAGUCGACUCAAAAUACAUCUCUCACUCCCUCCUCCUCUAACACUCCCUCCUCUCACUCAUUCCUCUCUCCCCCUAGUAGCACCCUCCAGUAUCGCAAGCACUGUACCAGCCUCGGUGGCAAUGGCAGCAACGCCAACAAAACUGAAUUACCUCAUGACCAAGGUUCCUCGUUCCACCGCGGUGCUUCUAACUCCCCUUCUUCUCCCUUCACCUCUCGCCCCUCGCAUAAGCCCUCCUCCUUGCCGGCCUGCUACCCGCCCUCUGCCUUCCGGCUUCUUCUCAGAAACUGCUCGCUCGUCUGCAGGCUGAGCUCCGGCCGGCAUUUUUUGUCUCCUGGUAGCAGUGGUUUUUGUGCUGGUCUUUGUGCGGCCGAUGGUGCCUCGGCUGCGGCUUCUCCUUCUUUUGCUGCUGCUGCUGAGUCAGCAUCGGUUGCUGCUGAUGAGUCAGCAGCGAAACUUCGAAUGGAAGGUCCGUGUGUGGAGGUUAUUCUGAGAGGAGUGGACGUCCAAAUGGAUAGCUUCCACUCAGGCAGGUGUCAACCAGGCAACCCGCAAGCUGUCAAGGCAGCAGCAGCAACAGCCAGCAGUGAUGGUUCCCCCUCCCGUGACUCUACCCACUGUGACAGUACUAAGAGUGUCUACAGCUCCCGCCUGGCGGUGACUGUAAGGGAGAUAGGAGUGUGGGACAGGGGGUUGCAGCAGCAGGGGAGCAGGACAUGGGAAAGAGUGGGUGGGGCGUAUGGCCGGGAGGCGGCGGAUGUUCGAUCCAAGGCUCUGCGAUUGUUGCUGGAUGCUGUCAGACCGAAUGCAACGGUUGAGAUUGACGAAUUCAGGCUGUCGCUCGCCCUGCUGCCCAUCCGCCUCCGAAUCGAUCAGAACCACAUCGAGUUCCUCUCCCGCUUCUUCGCCUCUUCAGCUUCUUCACCUCCCUCCGCUCCUGCUGCUGACUCCAUCCCCGCUCGACCCACUGCUGCUCCGGUCGGUGCUGCUGCCACUGGUUCUGCUGUCAGUGCUCGUGAAACAGCAGGAGCAGGAGUGGCAGCAGCGGUGGCUGAUGCUGAGCUGGUGCGCGACGCCUUGCUGCCAUUCUUCCAGGUCUGUGAAAUUCGAGCCUUUUCAAUCCUCAUCGACUAUGUGCCUCGGCGGCUGGACCUCUCGGCUCUCUCUGCUGGCAACUAUGCUCACCUGCUCAACCUCAUUUCCUGGAAGGGCGUUGAAAUCGACUUUACCAAGGCGCGAGUGGUGGGAGUGCAGGGAUGGGACGGGCUGGGGGGAGCCCUCAUCGGCCAAUGGCUGGAGGACAUCUGUCGCAACCAGCUGCACCGCGUGGUGAAGGCAGCCGGGCCUGUCAGUCCCCUGUGGGCCCUGGGCGCUGCUUCCCUGCAGCUGGUGCUGCUGCCGGUGCAGGAGUAUCGACAGAACAGGAAGCUCAUGAGAGGAUUGAAGAAAGGUGCUAUUCACUUCCUCCAGUCGCUCUCUCACGAGCUGCUGGGCGUGGGAGUGACUGUGGCAGCCGGCACUCACCACCUGCUGCAAGCUGCAGAACUCGCCCUGGCUGCUACAGCUGCUUCUGGUGCUACAGCUGCUACAGCUGCAACUGCUGGUACAUCUGCUGCUGCUGCUCCUCAUUCUUCUCCCGCCAGCCUCCUGUCGACCGCCCACCGUGCUACAUCCUCCUCUUCACCAUCCUCCUCUUCUUACUCUUCCUCGUCCUCUUCCACCUCCGCAGUCUCCUCUGCCCGCUCUUCCUCCUCCUCCUCCUCUUCCUCCUCCUCCGCCCGUCUUCGCAAUCCCAGCAAGGCUCCGUGUGACUGGCGGGAGUUGGGGGAACACGGAAGCUUCGAGGAAGGUUCGUCCUGGGUCACUGUUCAUGCCAACCACGGUACGGACGUUGGUGGUGGCAACAGUGGAAACAGCAGCAGCAGCAGCAGCAGCAGCAGCAACGUCAGAAUCCAUAACUGCAGCAGAAGCAGCAGCUGCAACAGCAGCAGGAGAAGUAGCAGCAGCAUUAACAAUGCAGCAGGCCCGUUAGCAGCAGCACGGGAGGCGCUCAACAGCAGUGUAGAGAGAAGCAUGUCCUCGUUAUUAGGCGCUCCUUUAAGAAGAUGGAGAAGAGGGGAAGGGGCGCCUGCAGUGGCAGCAGCGGUGGUGAAAGGGAUCCCAGCAGCAGCCAUGGCUCCGGUGGUUGGAGCAGCUGAAGCUUUGGAGGAAACCCUUCGAGGGUUCAAACGCACGAUUGCACCUAGGCAUUAGCAGCUGCAUGCCAUGCCACUCUUUCCACCUUAAUUGAGAUGGUAUGCCACGCCUUAUGAGCCAGUGUCACGCAUAACAACGAUGCCUGGGGCGCACUUAAAGUGCCGCAUUUGACGUUUACCAUGCCCCGUCGGCCAUCCGACUAUGUUCCACUACCCAUGCAACGUUCCACACUAGCCACCUACCAUAUAACCUGUCAUACAGGAUGUGUUAUUUUCUGCGAGCCACAUGUUUCUCCUGUUCCCCACCCAUUACACAAAGAAUCAUGCUUUGUCUGGCUCGCCACGUUUUGAAUUCAAUCCCCUCUGUGACUCCGACCACUUGUCCCUCCCAGUCCACAUCCCAUGGGCUUCCCAAAAUUGAUGUUACAUCAUCCCUCCAACACCCCUUUUGGUCAUUUUCCUUUCCAUGCUUCCUGUGGUAGUUGUUGUAAUCCACCCCCUAAUUAUACGGCAU